AGCCCGACUGCAAGGACGAGCCGCCCGCCGCCCCCGAGAACGCCAUCCACACGUGGCAGCCGGGCAUCUACCCGUCCGGCAUGUCGGUGGCCUACACGUGCAAGGAAGCCUACUCGGACGCCAACACUCAGAUGGCCAUGUCCAAGUGUAACGGCGGAGUCUGGGAGGCCGCGACGCCCGUGCUCAAUUGCAAGCACACGGGGUGCCUGAUGUCGCCGCCGCAGGUGCCUGACCACGGCUCCAUCAACUGGAACCAGCAGCGGGGCGCGGGGGCCAAGGCCGUCUACGGCUGCAUCGACGGCUACAAGUCUGACAACGGCUACUACCCCCAAGUGGAGUGCGUGAACAAAACCUGGGUCGGGUUCCCGAGCGAGUGGCGCUGCAUCCGGAACGACGCCCCGCUCAAGGAGGUCGUGGUGCCGCAGGACGAGACGGAGCUCAACUAUUUCUUCGUGGUCACGAUCCCCUCCGUGGGCGGCUUGGUGCUCGUGAUCCUCUUCUGCCUGUGUUGCACGAGAACCGACUCGCCUCUCUUCAACAUCUGCAGCACGAAGGUCAGCAAGCACUACUCGAAGGCGUAAGGCGGGUAGAACCAAGUGAGACUACGGACCAAAAAAAAGAAAGAAAUGAAAAAAGAAUAAAAUAAAAAACAGAAAAGGUAAAGAAUUUUUUGAUUCGCGGUUAAGUCGAUGUCAAAAAGGAUGGCGGCAUUGACGAGAAUCCAGGGCACUGUGCGUUAUAAUUUUCUUCUUUGUACUUUAAGAAAAGGGAGGGAGGGAGGGGGGUUGCAUAUAACGGUCCACGAGACGAAUAAGAACUUACACGAACGGCGGACUCUGGCUCUUACUGUUUAACUCAUGUUUACGUCCAUUUACCUAGGAGGUAAUUGAAGCGUAUUUCCUUUUUGAGAUUUUGAUAAAUUUGGACUCAAAUUACACGUGAAAAGCUAAAAUCUCUGUAUCGCUGUAAGUUUUAUUUAUUUAAAAGAAUAUUCCCGUAGCUCUUACUUUAAGGGUCUUUCCACUCCAGUGGGUAUGAUCGGCGGGUUCCAUAAUGACGUCACAGGCGAGAAAGCCCACAGGAAAAAAAAAAACUUUAAUGAAUAUUCACCGCCUGUAACUUAAUCUCUACAAGUGUCUGCCAAUCAUGACCGCUCAUGUUGACAGGUUCUACGAGACGAGCUUGUGUAUAAAAAAAGCGAGGUAUAGUUAACCCUGACAGCACAAUUUGCCACGAACAUGAGUGAACAUUUCUCCACGGCUUUUCUCACCACCCUAUUCUACGUCUCACACGGUGGAUUCACGAUUGUGCCUUAACAAAA